UGUUGUUAUUACACCAUCAUAGAUUCUAGUUACGACCUAAAACAUGAGAACUUAAACUUUUUAGAAGAUACCUUGAUAAUUAAAACUUGACAACCAAUGUCAAAACAUGUACCCAAGCCUUCUAUUUCGGAAAGCAUUUCUUACCGCGCUUAUUAUCUAUCAUUUAAGUAAUUACUAAACCAUUCCCAAGAAAGCGAUGACAAUACUAACCAAAGUUCUGCAUUUGCCUGUGCAGUAUCCUUUAAUCCGGGGUAUGGUGUCCUACGCUGUGAUUUGGCCUACAUGCAGCAUUGUCCAAGAGUACAUAGCUAAUGGAACUACUAUUGAGAACGCAGACUGGGCCCGCGCCGCGCGUUUCGGAUUCUUUGGGACUUUCUUCAUGGCUCCUGUCUUCUACGGCUGGAUGAAAUACACAAGUCGCUUCUUCAAGAACAAAACCUUAACUACAGCGAUAACCAGAGCGGUGAUAGAACAGGUUUCGUAUUCUCCUUUAGCCAUGGCGUAUUUCUUCUUCGGAAUGAGCGCUUUAGAGCUCAAACCAUUCUCAACAUGCGUGAAUGAAGUUAAGGAAAAAUUCUGGCCAACUUAUAAGAUAGGCGUAAUUUUUUGGCCUACGGCACAAACUAUUAACUUUUAUUUCGUCUCGGAGAAGAAUAGGAUCGUGUUUGUGAGUGCCGCUAGCUUCGUGUGGACCGUAUAUCUAGCUCACAUGAAGGCAAAAGAACAGCGGCUAGAGAUGAUCCCGAAAUUACUGGAAAAUAUAACAGAUGAGGAGAUAUACGAAUAUACAAGAAAGGAUGAGGAGACAUGAAUGUACUUUACUUUUACAUGUCAUGAAGCUGUGGUUACUUUUGCAAGCUAUUAUAGCGUUUUCUAAAACUACCUAGACCUUAUUAUUCUGAUGUCAUUUUGCUAUGAAAUGGUUCCCUACAACUUACAAGCUACAAAUUGUACAGUUGCUGAGGCUAAUAUUCGUACAAAAUAAACUACAUCUGUUCCUUUCCAUCUGUUUUUAUAGUUUAUAAUUCUGUCUCGAGUAGGUUCAUAUUAUAGGACUAUGCCAAAACUGCUUGCUUCACACUUUUCUAAUCCUGAGAGCGUUAUCACAUUGUGCGAUCCAAUAAUAUCGGAUGUCGGAUGAUUCUUGGACAAAUGCAGCUGCUUAGUGAGUGCCCCCUAUGACGUCAA